ACCAGCUGACAUGCUUUUCCGGGUUUUUUCGUUUUGUGUAUUUGCCAGCUUUUGGCGAUUUGUUGUAACUAUCGAUUUACAGAAAGAAGGGAUCUGCCCACCCGUUCUUGAUAUAAUAAUACUUUUUGAUACCUCUGGUGGAAAUGAUACAGUAUUUGAGCAGCAAAAGAAUUGGACUAUAAAAAUAGUAAGAGAUCUCCCGAUUCACGAAGAUGCGGUCAGAGUAGGCUUGGUUCAAUAUUCUGAAAGUGCGAAAACUGAAUUCAAUCUGUCAAAAUAUUCUGAAAGAAAUGAUAUUAUUGCACAUAUGGAAACAUUGACGUUCAUGCAAGUAGAAGACACCAGGACAGGUGUAGCGUUGAAUAAAGCCGAUGAGGAGAUUUUUGAUUUUAAUGGAGGGGCAAGACUUAAAGCGACAAGACUCAUAAUCAUUUUCACUGAUGGAUUAUCAAUGGACAAACCGUCUAAAGCUGCAAAAGCACUCAGAAGGAAAGGUGUCAAAAUUUACACGAUCAGUGUGAAUAGUAUUGGUUUCAUACCGGAAAUGCUUGGCAUAGUUGGUGAUGCUGAUAAUGUGUUUGGGCCAAACGACGAAGAAAGAAUAGAAGAACGUCUCCUUGGUGAAGUUGAGCAUUCGAGGUCAUGUGAUGUUCAGCCAAAACGAAAUGAAAAAACUACAAGUUCUUUUGGCCUAAAAGUCACUCAGUUUGGAGCCACAUCCUUUAUUGCAACGGAAAUUUCAGAGAAAAUCACGACCUCUACUCAAGAUCCACCAACUUUACUAACAUCCGCAAUAACACCAACCUUAAACACCGAAUCAGGUUUUCUUUCCUCACCUUCUUCUCCAAUUUCUUCGUUGAGCUCCUGGAACGCAGUUUUAACAUUACCAGAUUCCGAAGAAAAUGAUUCGGAUAACAGUGUCGAAGAUAUAGGACGCAAGGAGCCAUCAUCUACAAACCCUGCUGAAAACAUUACUGCUUCUUCUUUACCAACAUCAAUUUUGAAAGAACCUGUGCAAUUGUUUACUGUGGAAACCUUAGUAACUGAGCAGAAUGAAGUACAAAAUUUGACAAACCUUAAAACUUCUCUUGCUGAGGACUCGAAUUCUAAUACAUCAGAGACUCAUAACAAAAAUGAAACUUCUGAACGACUCGUUAAGGAGUCAUUUGUUUCUGAGGGAACCUCAACCACACCAAGUUCUACAACAUUCAAAGCUCCUCCUGAGUCGGAAAUCACCGAGAUAACUGUUUCCAAUGAAAUCAACGAAGCAUCGACUACAUCAUCGCCUACUCCCGCAGCUACCACGAUUUGCAUAAGCCCUCCAACAACUACUCAAACUUCCUCCUCAGCGUCAAGUUCACCUCACAGCUCAACAAAAUCGUUCUUGGCGAAACUUGGAGUGAAACAUGAAAAAGAAAAAGAUUCAAUUAGCAAGUUUUUGGGAAGAGACGUUUCAAACUCUAAUUCGGUUAAAGAGGUCGAAGAGAUAAAUGAAAAUGAGUUUGGAAACAGUUCAUUUGGAGAGAGUGAUGGAAAAACAACGCCACUAGAAACAUCAAGCUCUUCGAGCACCUCGCAAAGACUUACAACCACAACAAAGUCAUCAACCACUUCACCAUUUGCGACACGAUUUGUCUUCUCAACAAGAGUAACAUUCCGCCCAGUUUCCUCUACAGUUGUGAGUACAAAAUCCUCAACUACUUCAUCAACCACAACGAAACCUACAACAUUAUCUACAACAACAACAACACAGGUUCCAAGCACAACGACUUCAGUGACCGUACCAAGCACACAAAAGGCGACACCAUCACCAAGCAGAACUACCAAAAAAAGUACAACCACAACCAGCACUACUGCAACACCACGUCAGGCUACUCCAACUCGAAACCCGUUGCCACUUCUUCAAACCAUGUCUGCAAUAACUGCGUUCCCUACACUAUUGAGCAUGGAGAAAGCGGUGACACUCCCCAUCAACAACGCACUCGGCGUAAGCAAACCAAUAAAGAAGAAGAUUCGUCGGAUAAUAAAGCGACGAAGGAACAUCCUGCCUUUUAGUUUGGCGAGAAAAGUUACUAACAAGGUUUUAGAAGUAAGACGUGUGCCAACACCAACCACUCCUCCAAUCAGAAGUACAUUGAGACCAAUUAUUAUUGAGGAGAAAGAAGAGGAAACUCUCAGUUCUGCAGUUCAAUGCCCAAUGGACAUUCUUUUUGUGGUUGACAGCUCUGGAUCCAUUACUCAUACAUAUGACACACAAAAGGAUUAUCUAACCCAAUUAAUAAAGAAAGUAGAGCCAAGUCGGAGCCAUCGCGUUGGUCUCAUUCAAUUCGCCGGUCCUCACAUCCAAAAGAUGGAAUGGUCAUUUGACACACAUUCAAAGAACUCGCAGCUUUUGUCUGCAAUUAGAAGUGUUCGGCAUUUGACAGGGACAACCUACAUUGGAGCUGCGUUAGAGUUGUCGCUGAUUCUGUUGGAUUCGAGAAGAAAACAUACUGAGACAACUGUCAUUCUAAUAAGUGAUGGGUUCUCCCAAGAUGAUUCUACCCAACAAGCCAAAUUACUCAGGCAGCUACCCAAUGUUAAGAUGUACGCAAUUUCGCUCAACAAAUUGACUAACACAAAAUACUUGACGGAUAUUGUUGGAGAUCGAAAAAAUUUGUUCAUCAAUAACGAGAGCACAUGGUUCGAGGAGUUCUUCACAAAAAAGCUCAGAUGUAUCCCAACGACUAGAUAGAUGUGCACUAUAAUAUUAUUGUUUUAUUAAUAAUGUCAAAAGAUUAAGUAUGGAUUUGUAAGUAGGUGUUUUGAUGUUGUUGUACACUUUAAUAAAAACGGCAACUUUGAAUAAAUUUUUCUUCCGGGUAA